UGUUUAUGAUGGAAUGUAUAGUUAGAAAAUGCGGAGUUGUAUUUUUGUGCUUUUUUUGUGCUUUUGCAGUUUACAAUUUAGUGAUUUUAUGUUGAUUAUAACUCGUUAUCUGUUUACGAUCGAGUGAUUUUGUGUUGAUCGUAACUCUUAUGUGUUUAGAAUUGAGUGAUUAUAUAUUGAUAACUCUUAUGUGUUUGUUGUGGAUUACUUUCUAAUGCAUAUAAUGUGUUUGAAGAAAGUUCUCUGUGAUUUUCGAUCUGGCGUCCUGCAUUAAGCGGCUUAGCCUUAUUGAAAGAAUUCCGCUUAGAUCUCCUUUUCCUUUCUUACAGAAAAAAUAUUCUGAAAUUUUGAAUGCCUACAUAAAUACACUAAUUCCAUAUAUUUUUAGAGGAAGGCUUUUCCCCGAAACAACUCUUCUCUAGACGUAGAAUGUAAUGGUUCAUUUGGUGAUUUGAAAAUAGUUUGCGACAACAUGUUCAGCUUCCAGCAAGUUUAUGCUGCUUUUUUAGUGUGCUGACAAAUAGGAAAAGGUUUUUGAAACAACUCUUGUCUAGACGAAGAAAUAAAUGGCGGUAGAAUGUAACGAUCUAUUUGCCCAAUAGCUUGUGCGACAACAUAUUCAGCUUCCAGCCAAGUUAAUGCUGCUUUUUUAGUGUGCUGACAAAUAGGAAAAGGUAUUUGAAACAACUCUUUUAUUGACGUAGAAAAAAAUGGCGGUAGAAUGUAAUGGUCCAUUUGCCAAAUAGCUUGUGCAACAACAUAUUCAGCUUCCAGCAAUAUUAUGCUUUCUAGCAUGCUAACUAAUGGGAAAAAGGUACUUGUUGUGGAUGCACAAGUAACUAACAAACAGAAGACAUUUCAAAUUAUCUAGGUUGAGUCUCUUCAGGCUGUUUGAUUUGUAGAUAGGCUUUGUGAAGUUGCACCAAAUGCGCUCAACUUCCACUUCCUUGUCCACCCCUCACCACCUACCCAAAUUAUAUCUUUGGUGUUUAACUUCUUCAAAUGGGUGUGCAUUCAGUAAACCACAAUAGACUGACGGGGACGUUUCCCUAUACUGCUUCUUGUAUCCUAUCAAUGCAAUAUCAGGAGCAUGAUGAUGGAAACAUGUCGACUGAGAAGACUCCGCUUGAGCAAACGUCACCUGCUGUUGCAUCAUCAUGCCGAAAAAAGAAGUCUGAAAGUGCCACAUUUUUGGAGGAUGUGAAGGAUCAUAUUGAUGAGUUUAUGCAUGCCUCAAUGGAUGAACACGCAUCUUGCUUUAAGAAGACCAUCAAUAAGAUGUUUGGGAUGUCUAAAAUUGUCGCUGAAAGAAAUGCUGAAGCAAAGGAGGUUGAGAGCUCACUUCCUCUCCAAACUGUUGUAUCUGAGUAAAGAUUCCCUAUGUAGAAAGAACUCGGGAAGGUGAGAUUGUGGAGGGUCAAAACAUGUAUGCAGUCUAUAGCCCCUUCCCUCAUCAGGUUUUAUCGUGCUAUCCACAUAUAUCAAUAAACAACAAUUUGAGAUGCUCUUGCCUACGAAGUUGUGCUGCUUUUUACAUCUGUUGGUUUUACCAAACAUUAGACAUGUCUAGAUAAACAAAAUAAAUGGGCACAACAAUUUGAGAUGCUCUUGCCUAAGAAGUCUUGCUGCUUUUUACAUCUGUUGGUUUUACCACACAUUAGACAUGUCUAGAUAAACAAAAUAAAUGGGCACAACAAUUUGAGAGGCUCUUGCCUAAGAAGUCGUGCUGCUUUUUACGUCUGUUGGUUUUGCCACACAUUAGACGUGUCUAGAUUUUAUUUUAUUUUUAAAAAAAUAAAAACACUAAUGGGCAUUACAAUAACUUGAUGAA